AUGUCAGACCUGCUAUCCGCCUUCCUGCGCCUCCUCCUCCUCUUCAAGUUGGUUGCCCCGGUGACCUUCCGUCAUCACCGCUAUGAUGACCUGGUGCGGACGCUGUACAAGGUGCGAAACCAGUGUCCCGACGUCACGCGCGUCUACAGCAUCGGGCGCAGCGUGAGGGGGAGGCAGCUGUACGUGCUGGAAUUCAGCGACGACCCUGGAACCCACGAACCUUUGGAACCGGAAUUCAAGUAUGUGGGGAACAUGCAUGGCAACGAGGUGCUGGGCCGAGAACUGCUCCUGCAGCUGGCUGAGUUCCUGUGUGAGGAGUUCCGGAACCAGAACCCACGCAUCCUGCGGCUCAUCCAUGACACCCGCAUCCAUAUCCUGCCCUCCAUGAACCCCGAUGGCUACGAGGUGGCCGCUGCCCAGGGCCCAUACAUGUCUGGGUAUCUGGUUGGCAGGAACAAUGCAAAUGGAGUGGACCUGAACCGCAACUUUCCCGAUCUCAAUACCUACUUCUAUUACAACGAGAAGUAUGGAGGUCCCAACCACCACUUGCCACUUCCAGACAACUGGAAAAGUCAGGUGGAACCUGAGACUCGGGCUGUGAUCCAGUGGAUACGCUCCUUCAACUUUGUCCUCUCGGCUAAUCUCCAUGGAGGGGCAGUGGUGGCCAAUUACCCAUAUGACAAGUCCCUUGAGCAUCGGUCCCGAAGCUCCCAUCACUCUUCCAAUUCCCCCACACCUGAUGACAAGCUUUUCCAAAAGCUGGCCAAGGUGUACUCCUACGCACAUGGAUGGAUGUACCAGGGCUGGAACUGUGGGGAUUACUUCCCAGAUGGCAUCACCAACGGGGCUUCCUGGUAUUCACUCAGCAAGGGAAUGCAAGACUUUAAUUAUCUCCACACCAACUGCUUUGAGAUCACAUUAGAACUGAGUUGCAACAAGUUUCCUCGCCAGGAGGAAUUACAGCGAGAGUGGCUGGGUAACCGGGAAGCUCUAAUCCAAUUCUUGGAACAGGUUCACCAGGGCAUCAAAGGCAUGGUGCUUGAUGAGAAUUACAACAAUCUCACAGGGGCUGUCAUCUCUGUCAGUGGGAUUAAUCACGAUGUCACUCCGGGUGAGCAAGGUGAUUACUUCCGCCUGCUGCUUCCAGGCACCUAUACUGUGACGGCCACAGCCCCUGGGUUCGACCCCCAGACUGUGAGUGUGACUGUGGGUCCAGCAGAACCAACACUGGUUAACUUCUACCUCAAGAAAAGUAAGGCCCAAGUGUACCCUAUGAGGAGAACUCCCAGCGGAGAGCAGGCAGCCCGCGUGAAAGUGCUAUCCCGGCCGUCCAGAAAGAAAGACCCAGGGAUGAAGAAGCCACACAGAGGUCCCGCCUGA